AUGCCAAAAGAAGUCAAAGUAACACCGUUUUUAACUUUGUACCCACUCCCUUCUAUACCAUCAUCUUCACCGGGCUUUCAUAGUAGUCGGCAUGGUGGCUCACCAGCUGUUGAACCCCCGGAAUUUUAUGGUAGUCAGCAUACUGGCUCACCAGCUGCUGCACCCUCGAGCUUUUAUGGUAGUCAGCAUACUGGCUCACCAGCUGCUGCACCCCCGAGCUUUCGUGGUAGUCAGCAUGGUGGCUCACUAGUUGUUGCAUUCCCGAGAUUUCAUGGUAGUCAGCAUGAUGGUUCGUCUUUUAUUGCUCCAUCAUCUUCCAGUCCAUCAUCAUCAUCCAUUCCCAGCAUAUCUAGGUUGGAUAUUGGAGGCUCUCGCCCAACUACAUUUAGUGCUGUUUCUGCAUCAUCUAGUAGACGCAAGCAGAAUCUUGGAGGGGAUGCAGGAGGCGGAGCACAAACCCCUAUCGCUCGUGCACUAGGGCAUGUUACUGCCAUUUAUCAGAUUCUACGGGUACUACCUAUCGGCGGAGUUCAGCUGAUUGCAGUGGCUAGAAUAGAGAACAGACCAUAUGCGACCAUUGAGAAGAAGAAGCGGCUAAGAUUUACUGAGCUUCAUCCUCCCCAUUUUUUGCGGUGA